AUGCGCCAUCACGCGGAACUCGCUACAGCCCUCACCAUCUUCCAGCCGUGCAAGACUCGAACUGAUCCCACUGUGCACGAUUGCCUCCACCUCCUCACACGCUACACAGGACCUAGAGCAAUUGAUCGUGACAACAAUCCCCUUCCACUGGACUGGGAGAUAUAUCAUGUUGCUCAUCCCUGGUCCCACCGCACCAUGACCACUGAAGAGUUCCAGUGCCAUGAGGAAGAAGAGAAUCGCCGUCGCGCUGAGGAGGAAGCCAAAGCAGCAGCAGCAGCAGCAGCCAACAGGGAGGGCAGCAGGGCGCACGGGGCGCACAGGGCAGCAGGGCAGCAGGGCGCGCGGGGCGCACAGGGCAGCAGGGCAGCAGGGCGCACGGGGCGCACAGGGCAGCAGGGCGCGCGGGGCGCAGCAGGGCUGGCGGGUUGGCCACACCCGCCACCCCCAUACCCUCCCCCACUGCUGCACCCGCAGCAGAGAGAUGGGGGGGGGGGGGGGGGGAGGGGCCGGCAGGUGCUGCAGGUCGCCCCCCCCCGUCGCCUGUUGAGGCGACCUGAGGGGGGGGGGGAGGAGUACGGGGGCCGACGCGCGGCCUCCCAGGGCGCCAGAGCAGGCGGAAGAAGGGGCGACGCGCGCCCCCCCAGGUCGCGGCCCCCCCCCCCCUGGGUCGCCACGUAA